AUGUCAAUUAUUUAUAAUACAUCAAUUAAUGAUCAUGAUUUUAAACAAAAUUCUUUAAUUCAAUCAUCAUCAAUUCCUCCACAAUAUUUAUUAAUUCCAUAUCGUGAAUUUGUUUUACGUACAUCAAUUUCAUGUCAUACAUUUAAAUUAAUUGAACCAAAAAAAAAUUUAUUUCAAUUUCAUCCAAAAUAUUCUCCAUAUUUACAUGGAAUAUUUCCAUUUAUAAUACCAUAUUUAAAUAUAACAUUUGAUGAUAUAGAAAAUUUUUAUACAAAAAUUUUAAUAAAAAAUCAAAAUCAAACAGAUAAUAUUAUUCAUCAAACAUCAUUUGCUUCAAAUAUUACAUUUAAAAAUAUACCAUAUCGAUAUGAAAAUGAAAUGUGGUAUCCUAUUGAAGUUAUAUCAGCACAACGAACAGCUAUAUUAGUACCAUUACAAGGGCGUGAUUAUAAUGCUAAAGUAUUUCUUUUGAAUAUACAUGCUUUCGCUCGAAGACAGCUUCUUACAUAUACAAUUAUACUUAUUGAACAAGUUAAACCAUCUAAUUCUCGAUUUAAUAAAGGUCGAUUAUAUAAUGCUGGUGUUCGUUAUAUUGAACAACAAUCAUUAAAUAUAACAUGUCUUAUAUUACAUGAUGUUGAUUUAAUACCUGAAAAUGAUGAAAAUUUAUAUACAUGUGAAUUACAACAUCCAAAACAUACAACAAUACGAAUUCGACAAUUAAAUAAUACACGUAAUAAUUAUAUGCGUUAUUAUGAAUUUUUAAUUGGUGGUGUUCUUCUAUUAACAUUUGAUAUGUAUAAAAAAAUAAAUGGUUUUUCAAAUUUAUAUUGGGGUUGGGGUGGAGAAGAUGAUGAUUUAUCAUUAAGAUUUAUUCAACAACGUAUGUGUGUUAUACGACCAAAAUAUGAAUUAGCUAUUUAUGUUGCAUUACCUCAUCCAAAAGGUCAAGCAAAUGGUGCACGUUUUAAUCUAUUAACAUGGUCAACUAUUCGUCUUAAUGCAGAUGGUUAUAAACAAAUUGAUUCAAUGAUACAUUUUGUUAAUAUACGAAAAAUAUCAACUGUUACACAUCUUAAAAUAGAUGUUAAUGCUGAUAAUAGUUUAUAUAAACCACCAUUAAUGAAAAAUUUUCAGUCAACAUAUAAUACAAUUUAUAAUAAUAUAACAACAAUUGGUAAAACUGAAACAACAACAACAACUUCAACAUUUUUAAAAACUACGUCAUUUUAA